UCGGACUGUGGUGGUCUCGGCAGCAUUCAAUAGAAUCUCCGCCCUCUCCUCCUUCGUUCCGUCCCGAGGAGAAUUACGGCACGCAUGUACAUCAUAAAAAGCAGGCAAACGGCAGUUCCUCUCCCGGUGGGCCACCGUCCCGUCGCCGUCACCAUCAGCUCAGCCUGCCAUCUUUGAUUCGUCAGCUCUCCUCUGCUCCAUACAAGCGGUUCGCCAUCUCUCCCUCUUCGUCUUCUUCGAGCAAUCCGUACCUCUCCGUGCUUUGGCUUCGCCUGGUUCUCGUGGCCCCGAGGCUCUGCCGUUCACGGAAGCGGUCUCCGUGGCGGCUUGUUCUCUGUUCGUUGAUGGUCAUCUAAUUCCGAGCUCAACCCUGCUCGUUCCGACUCCAUUUGAAUCGUGAGAGAAGUUGCACCGGCGUCAAACUCUCCCUCCGGUAAAGAUGGUGGCUUUUGGGAAAAAGUUGAAGGACAGGCAAAUUCAGGAAUGGCAAGGAUAUUACAUCAACUAUAAGCUGAUGAAAAAGAGGGUAAGACAGUAUUCUCGCCAAAUUGAAGUUGGCGCACAAGAUCGCCGGCAUGUUCUCAAGGAUUUCUCUAGAAUGCUGGAUAACCAGAUUGAGAAGAUUGUUCUCUUUGUGCUGGAGCAACAAGGUGUGCUCGCAAGCAGGAUAUCUAAGCUCGGGGAGUGGCAAGAAGCUCUUCAGGAGCAGCCUGAUCUAUCCCAAAUAUCCGAACUGAGAGAAGCUUACAGAGCAGUUGGACAAGAUCUUCUAAAGCUCCUUUAUUUCGUGGAGAUUAAUGCAAUAGGUCUCCGAAAGAUUUUGAAGAAAUUCGAUAAACGUUUUGGCUAUAGGUUCACAGACUACUACGUCAAAACUCGUGCUAAUCACCCAUAUUCUCAGCUGCAGCAAAUCUUUAAGCAUGUGGGUAUAGGAGCUGUCGUUGGAGCCAUUUCCCGAAACCUCGGGGACCUCCAAGACCGCCAAGGAAGCUAUUUAUCUAUAUAUGAUCAGCCUCCACUGCCUCUUCAGGAUCCUAUCAUUGAUUCAAUAAAAGCAGCUGUGGACAGGUUAACUCAUUCAACAAACUUCCUGAAUUUUUUGGCUCAACAUGCACUUAUCAUGCAAGAUGAGCUACCUGCCCCUGUGGAGGAAGAGGCCAAGGAUCAGAAAUACCAUUUUAUGUCACUUCUAUUGAACUUGGUAAACACAUUCCUUUAUAUGGUCAAUACGUAUAUUAUUGUCCCCACCGCAGAUGACUAUGCGAUGAGUCUUGGAGCUGCAGCAACAGUUUGUGGUGUCAUCAUCGGAGCGAUGGCUGUUGCUCAGAUAUUCUCAUCGGUGUACUUUAGUGCUUGGUCAAAUAAAUCAUACUUCAGGCCUCUGAUAUUUAGCAGCAUAGUUCUACUCGUGGGAAAUGCCAUGUAUGCAUUGGCUUAUGAUCUUGAUUCAAUAGCAGUUCUCCUUGUAGGCCGUCUUUUCUGUGGAUUAGGUUCUGCUAGAGCUGUAAACCGGCGUUAUAUCAGUGAUUGUGUACCCUUGAAGAUACGAAUGCAGGCAUCAGCGGGAUUUGUUAGUGCAAGUGCUCUUGGAAUGGCUUGUGGCCCUGCACUCGCUGGCUUACUUCAAUUUGAUUUCAAAAUAUACAAGCUCACAUUCAACCAAGAUACUUUACCUGGUUGGGUUAUGACGCUGGCAUGGUUAUUAUACUUAAUAUGGCUGUGGAUCUCAUUCAAAGAACCGGUUCGUGAGGUUGAAGCAAAUGGCACGACUGAGAAGUCUAAUGCUGCUGGAACAGCUGGAAAUGAUGAGCUUGAGAAUGGUGUUAAACAGCCACUGCUUAUCAGCUCUCGAAAUUCAGAGGAAAAGGAAGGCGAUGAAGAUGGGGAUCAAGAUCAAGAAUUCGAUGACGGUGAAGAAACACCUGGGGAAUCAAGAAAACCAGCCACAUCACUUGCCUCAGCAUAUAGGUUACUGACACCUUCUGUGAAGGUUCAACUGCUGAUAUAUUUCAUGCUCAAGUAUGCAAUGGAGAUUUUAGUGUCAGAGUCGAGCGUCAUCACUACGUAUUACUUCAACUGGUCCACAACUGCAGUGGCUAUUUUCCUGUUCUGCAUUGGGCUAACGGUUCUUCCAGUAAAUAUAAUUGUAGGAAGCUACAUCAGCAACAUGUUUGAAGAUAGGCAAAUUUUACUGGCAUCUGAAAUUAUGGUCUGCAUUGGGAUUCUCCUCAGCUUCCAUGUCAUAAUCCAAUACACGGUUCCUCAGUAUGUUAUCUCGGGCCUCAUUAUGUUUGUUUCUGCUGAAGUGCUGGAAGGUGUGAAUUUGUCAUUGCUCUCGCGGGUCAUGUCGUCUCGACUUUCCAGGGGAACCUACAAUGGAGGAUUAUUAUCGACCGAAGCUGGCACCAUUGCUCGGGUCAUAGCUGACGCUACAAUAACUCUAGCAGGCUAUCUCGGGGAUAAGUUGCUCUUGAAUGUCACCCUGCUUCCUUCUCUGCUAAUCUGCAUAGGAUCAAUCAUUGCGACCAUCUUUACUUACAACACCCUCUAUUAAUGCUGCUGCUGCUGCUUUCUCUCUUAGCUCUUGUAUGUAGGGAUGAAAUUAGGGUUUGAUUUCGAAUUGAAUAGUCUUUUGAAUUUAGUUGGGACUAAUUUGAUUGAUUGAAUUAAUAAAAGGUCCGCCAAAAACCUUUGGUGGAAUAGUUUCUUCCUGUC